AUGGUAAAAUUCUCUUACGUAUACCCAGGAAUUGCAAUUCGAACAACUCUAGAGAACAGUUUGACUGUUCAUUAUUGUGGAUUGAUUCAAGCCCUCAUGAAUAAGUCGUCCUCCGUGGUUAAAGACUUGGAUCCAACCAAUGAUCUCACUUUCCUGCGUAUUCGAAGCAAGAAAAACGAGAUUAUGGUAGCUCCACAGCGCGAUUUACUGCUGAUUGUGAUCCAAAAGGCCUGA